UUGAUUCUUCCUUUUCCUGCGCUCAGAUUUGUAACCUGCAUGUGUUUUCGAUCAGUGUAAAAGAUGGCCCUCACCUCACCACGGUGGCGGAGCUCCGGCGAGCCCCCGCGCGGCUACCACGGGAUUGGAGCUGGAGAUGCUCUUGCAUAGGGUGUUCAUGAGAUCCGUAGCCACAUCAUCACCCGGUUCCCGUAGGCGGCAGUGUGUAGCUUCGACGAGAAGACCCUCCGGCGGCAGCGCUUCGUAGGCAAGUGUUCGGCGGCGGCCCAACCCGGCCCUCUGCACCGCAGACGUCAGGGCGUCGGAUUCGCGCGCACGCGUAGCAGUUGUGGCGGAGCAACUCCUGGUCGAUGUUCGAAACGCCGAACACCCCUGCUGCCCCGCGCGAGCCGCCCUGCCGUCUCCUCCGGCCACGAUCCAGCGAUCUCCGGCGGCGACGAGGCUUACGCGUGGUCGCAUAAACGAGCCCCGCGCUCUCCGUUCUGCCGCGGAGCGGUGCGCUUGGAUGUGCCGAGACGCGAGGCCCGGCACGGCACGGGCGGUUGCGCGGGGAUGCGACGCGACUCCGUGACAGGGACGCGUGCGCACCCGCCGGAAUAGUACAGUGAACGCACCGUCAGCGUGCGCCUUGGCGCCCGCGCGCGGCCGGCACGAGCAUAUCCAGCCGUCCGCGCCAUGAUUCCGUGGCGCUCUCCGCCCGCUCCGGCUCCUCCGUCCAACGCGUCGCGCCGCGACGGCCGGCCGCCUCGUGUCGUCUCGUCGCCUCCCUAAAAAAACCCAAGCGCCAACACGAGCAGAGCAGAACCACGUUCAGGCCAUCACCGCUGCAGCCUGCAGCAGCAGGUUCCCAUGGCGGGGGACGGCGGCGAGGGUGCGGUCGGGAAGGUAACCUGCGCGGCGUGGAUACGGCGGCCGGACGACGGGGGGCCGGCCGGGGUAAGCCGCCUCCUCGUGGCGUGCGGCCAUGGCGCCACGGCCUCGUCCCCGCCGCUCCUCGACCUCCUCGCGUUCGACGCCAGGGCCUCCGAGCUUGCCGCUGAGCCCCUGGCGAGGGUCGUGAUGGGCGGGGAGCGAGCUGACCCGCCGCGCGCGAUCGCCGUGCACCCCGGCGGCCGGGAGCUCGCGUGUGCCACUGCCAAAGGGUGCAGGCUAUUCAACCUGGUGUAUAAAGAAUUCGGUAUUCACCUUAUUUCAAGAGAUACUUCACCUCUCCAAUCUGCUGGGCCUCAGAAAUGUGUGGCAUUCAGCACUGAUGGUGCUAAGUUUGCUAUUGGUGGUGAGGAUGGACAUCUCCGAAUAUUUCACUGGCCAAGUCUCAAUAUGAUUUUGGACGAACCUAAAGCUCAUAAAUCCUUCCGUGACAUGGACAUCAGCUUAGACUCGGAGUUCUUAGUUUCGACAUCCACUGAUGGCUCUGCAAGAAUAUGGAAGAUUAAUGAUGGGGCUCCACUGGUCAAUUUGACAAGAUCUCCGGAUGAGAAGAUUGAGUGUUGCCGCUUUUCUAGGGAUGGAACUAAACCCUUUUUGUUUUGCACACUUGUAAAAGGUCGUGAUGUUUUGACUAUGGUUUUGGACAUAAGUAAUUGGAAGAGAAUCGGAUACAAAAGACUCUCGGCAAAGCCCAUUUCCACACUCUCAGUUAGCUUGGAUGGGAAGUAUCUUGCACUAGGAAACCGUGAUGGUGACCUUUGUGUUGUGGAUGUAAAGAAGAUGGAAGUUUCUCACUGGAGCAAGAAGGUUCAUCUUGGUUCCCCAAUUUCUUCCAUUGAAUUUUGCCCUACUAAAAGGGCUGUAAUCUCCACCUCACAUCAAUGGGGAGCAGAGAUAACGAAGCUUGACGUUCCUGCUGACUGGAAAGUGUGGCAGAUCUGGCUAGUACUCUUAAGCCUCUUCGUGGCGUCGGCUGUCCUCUUCUUCGCGUUCUUCAAGCACGCAAGAAUCAACCUGUGAAGCCAUGAAAUACACCUCCAAUUUCUGAUGGUGAGUCCAUGCUAGCUAUAACUUCAGUAUGGCUCUACACUGCCCAUCACUACUCGUUUCUGAAGGUUGCUCCAACCCUGAACUGUUACAUUGCAUCGCUACGGAGUUUUGUACCUGAACUGAUUCGCAUCUUGCCUUAUUCAUGGUGAACUCUCAAUAAGUGAAAAAGAAAAAACACAUUACCCUCUGCUUCCAGCUUCCACCGUGAAGAGAUCAACAAGAAUGUGAUGUGAGACUCGUUUGUUGUUUCUGUGGAGCACAUUGUCCGGCCUGAAUUUUGUUUUGUUUUGUUUUCUGUGUGUGUGGGGACAACUGACAUCCUGACGUUGUCGGCUCAUCACCUUGAGGUCAUCAUCUGGUACUGUAAGAAGUGUGAACGUUUUCUGGAAGGUCACAGCAAGCGAGCCCAGUUGCUGCUCACCGGUUGUUCGAACGAGUCUUCCGAGACAGAGACCUGCUCUGACAGGUACUGCGAUUCUGGUAAUUGGUUAGACCUAUCAGGUCGUCGCCUAUCUCAAGUCCUUGGCUGUGUGUGGACAGGGCCGAGGAGGAGCGUGCGUGCUUGGAAGCCAUGCAGAUUGUUACUGCUGCCUUUUCUGAGAUCUGACGCACUGCAACGUGAAAACGGAACAAGUUUGUGCUGCUGUGCAGCAUAUUUGCUUUCCAUCGAUCAAUUUGAAUUUUAUAAAUUCCCUUCUAAAAGGGAAUCCCAGAAGGAACUUUUUAGAUUGUUCAACCAGUGAGCCCAGACUUCUGGGCUCCAUCCUUCUCACCUCUGAUUCCCACUUCUUGGAUCCCAAUUAUCGGCUAUGUUUUCGACAUGAGAUCCUACUGCGGCCACAGCA